AUGCUGUGGAAGAACAUCUUGGGCCUCUUGGCUUGCUCUGUUGCCGGUCUUGCAGCGGUUGGACACCAGCAUUCACAUGAGAGACUUCAUCGCCGCCAGAACGAGACUGUGGCCGCUGCUAACUCUACGGAUGAGUACGACUACAUUGUUGUUGGAUCCGGGGCCGGGGGCGGGCCGCUGGCAGCACGUCUCGCACUCGCCGGCUACAGCGUCCUUGUGCUCGAUGCUGGCGAUGACAUCAACGACAUCUACACCAAUGUUCCCGCACUCCAUUUUACUGCUGCCGAGUAUCUGCCAAUGCAGUGGAACUUCUAUGUCAAUCACUAUCCUGAUCUCGAGGAGCAGCGACGAGAUACCAAAAUGACCUGGCGCACACCCGAUGGAGAUAUCUGGGUCCAGAUCCUGAAUGGGACCACUCCUCCUGAGGGCUCGGAGCCUCUUGGAAUUCUGUACCCUCGCUCUGGCGUUGUUGGCGGCUGUACCCAACACCACGCCCAGAUCAUGGUGUACCCGCAUGCCAGCGAUUGGCAACACAUUGUCGAUACCACAGGUGACGACACCUGGGACCCAGAGAAGAUGAGGGAUUACUUUGUCCGUCUUGAGAAAGCCGAAUAUCUGAAUUCCAUAACUGGCGGCCAUGGUUUCAAAGGCUGGAUGGCGACCUCGCUCACCGAUCUGCAACUCAUUGCACAAGACUUGAAGGUUGCGUCCCUGGUCCUGGCCGCAGCAUCCGCGAUGGGCAAGAGCUUGAUCACCUCCUUGCUGGCUACCGUCACUGGUCUCACUUCGACUCUCGCCAUCGAUCUCAACAACCCCUCCAAAGCGCGUGAUACGACAGAGGGCAUGUACCAAGUCCCUCUGUCUAUCAACGCUCUGGACAAAACCCGUUCAGCUCCCCGUGACUGGCUCUACAAAGUCAUCGCCGACGGCUACCCUCUGACCAUUCAGACCCAAACUCUCGUCACCAAGAUCAAUUUCGAUACCACCACCGGCGACAAACCACAUGCGACCGGUGUGUCGUACCUCCAUGGGCAGUCCCUAUACCGCGCGGACCCUCGUGCCCCUCGCACAGGUAGUGGCGGCAUUCCUGGCACCGCAACCGCCCGCCGCGAAGUUAUCAUCUCUGGCGGCACCUUCAACACUCCGCAGAUUCUCAAGCUGUCCGGUAUUGGCCCAGCGGAGGAGCUCGCUGAAUUCGACAUCCCCACCCUCAUCGACCUCCCAGGCGUUGGUACCAACAUGCAAGACCGCUACGAGAUUCCAGUCAUCGGUAAAGCCACCACGGACUUCAGUCUGACCAAGAAGUGCACUUUCCAGAACUCACAGCCAGAUGGCUGCCUCGACGCCUACAACAACCCGGGCUUGCUCGGCAAGGGCGUCUACGGCACUUCAGGCGCGGCAUUCGCAGUCCUGCAAAAGUCCAGCAGCAACGACAUCCCGGAGCCGGACCUCUUCAUGAGCGGCUGGCCAGCCAACUUCGUCGGCUACUUCGACGGCUAUAGCAAGUUUGCCCUGCAGGACAAGCGUCACUGGGCGUGGCUAGCGCUCAAGGCGCACACGCGCAACCGCGCCGGCACCGUCAAGCUGCGCUCCAACGACCCCCGCGACACGCCGCUCAUCGACUUCAACUACUUCCACACCGGCGACACCGCCGGCGGUGCCGACGAGAAAGACCUGCAGGCGCUGUACGAUGGCAUCAAGUUUGGGCGUGACGCCUUCGAUAAGCUGAUCGCUCUCGGUGGCAGCGGCGGGUUCCCUGAGGUGCAACCCGGCGAUAAUGUCACGAGCGAGGCCGACAUCAAGCAGUAUAUCAAGGACGAGGCCUGGGGCCACCACGCCAGCUGUUCCUGCCCGAUUGGUGCUGACGACGACCCGAUGGCGGUGCUGGACAGCAAGUUCCGCGUGAGGGGAGCCGAAGGAUUGCGUGUCGUCGAUGCCAGUGUGUUCCCGAAGAUCCCGGGGUAA